AGAGAGAAAGAAAGAGAGGGAGAGAUAGAGGAAAAAAGAGAGAAAGGGAGCGAGAGCGGAUCUACUCCCUCCUCCUGCCCCUGCAGCAGCAGCAUUAACAGCCGCCGGUUAGUGUGCAGGUCAGCGCCGCUUAGCCACAGAAGCCGCGUCCCUUCUCUCGACUGUCCUCGGUCCGUUCGGCCCCCGAGAUCAGAAGGAAAGGCCGGACGAGCCCGGCUGCUAACCACGGGACGCUCUUGCUGCUCCCUUCUUGGAGAGUUGGAAUGUGUAGUGCAUUUCUGUAAAUUAUUAAGAAGUAAGGGAUUCCAAACAGUAAAGCUGAAGGAUGCCAUCUGAAGUGUGCCUCAGUAUUCAAGAUAUGCUGACUGGUCAGAGACUUUGCCAAUCCAGUUCUCACAAUGAUGCUGUCCUGGCAGCUCUGAACCAACAAAGAAAUGAUGGGAUACUCUGUGAUAUAACUCUAAUUGCUGAAGAACAGAAAUUCCCAGCUCAUAAGGCUGUGCUAGCAGCAUGCAGUGACUAUUUCAGAGCAAUGUUCAGUCUUUGUAUGGUUGAAAGUUGUGCAGAUGAAGUGAAUUUGCAUGGCAUCACAGGAAUAGGUUUAAAGCAAGCUCUGGACUUCGCGUACACUGGACAGGUUCUGCUGGAGCCAGGAGUGAUUCAGGAUGUGCUUGCUGCAGGUAGCCAUCUCCAGCUGCUGGAAAUGCUGAGUUUAUGUUCACACUAUCUUAUCCAGAUACAAAUUACAAUGUGCUCCAUAUACCUUAGUCAUCAGUGGAUAGCUAAUCACCUUCACAGCUUAUGA